AUGGCUUCGUGGGCAGAUGGUGCAGGCGAAGGUUCCGCCGCGGUCUCCUCCUCCGCCGCCGAUGACGGCUCCCCCGUCGAUGAAGACGACGAGUAUGAGGAGGCUGAAGGGGGAAAUAGCCUGCUCGGGUUCAUGUUUGGAAAUGUGGACAACUCCGGUGAUCUUGAUGUUGAUUAUCUCGACGAGGAUGUGAAGGAGCAUCUUGCUGCGUUGGCUGACAAGCUUGGUCCAUCCCUGACAGAUAUAGAUCUCUCCGCAAAAUCACCACAGACACCGUCCGAUGCUGCUGAUCAAGAUUAUGAUCAGAAAGCAGAAAAUGCUGUUGACUAUGAAGAUAUAAAUGAGGCAUACGAAGGACCAGAGGUCCAUGCUACGGAGGAGGACUUUCUGUUGCCCAAAAAAGAUUUCUUUUCCAAAGAAGUUUCAGUAUCUUCUAUGGGGAAUAAGACUUCUGUGUUCGACGAUGACAAUUAUGAUGAUGAAGAUGAAGAUUUGGAAAACCAAAAGACGGCAGGGGAACCCAGUUCCGAAACCCAGUGUUUUCCUCCAUCAGACGAGAAGAAUGAGAAUCAUUGUCAUGAAAUCCUUUCUCAAGAGGAAAGUCUUCAAGACAAGGUUCAUGUGCUUAAAAUGGAAAAUUCUGAUGGUAUAGAUUCAGAGGAGGACGAUUCAGAUGCUUCAGGAGAGUCAACAGGUGGUGCUAUUUCUUCAGGGCUUCCUGUUCUUUAUGUAGAGGAUGGAAAGGAAAUAUUGCGAUUUUCUGAAAUAUUUGGUGUUCAAGAGCCCUUGAGAAAGGGAAGGAAAAGAGACUGCCGAUACUUAAUGGCUAGAGAGAAAUACAUGUCGAUAGAUGCCUCUGAAAUUUUUGAGGAAGAUGAAGAGGAGUUUAUGAAGGCACCAUGCCAAGAUUGUUCCUGGAUGAAGCAAUUUCAGAAAAAAACUGAUGUUUUGACAGUGGGUGUUGAAAGCGACUCAAAGAAACCUGGGAUAGUUUUAGAAUCAGGAAAGUUGUCUUUGGAAGCUGAUGACAGUAGGAAGGAUACCUGUAUUUGUUCUGAACCAAUGAAAGAUGACUUGUGGGUGUCCAAAUUUAACGAAUGUAACCCACUGUUUUUGCCCAAGUUCUAUCCUAUUGAUCAGGAAGAUUGGGAAGAUAAAAUUGUUUGGGAUAAUUCUCCAUCUUCGUCAACUGAAAAUGUGGUGGAGAGCAUUGAACUCUCUGGUCCUGAUUCUGACACACCUUGUGAUAAGGAAAGGGAUUUGAAGGCUGAAACACACUCCACUGAACCAGAAAUUCAAAACGGAUCUUGUGGGAAGAAUGACACCUCAUUUCUAAAUAGUUGUUCUAUUCUGGUGGAGCCUUUUGGUUGGAACGAAGAAUCUCAGUCUGCAAACGUUACAAUCUCUGGAGGUAGAAGUCAUCCACAAAUCCUAAGGUUAGAGUCUCAAUUAGAGAAGUACACUGCAGACUUCAGAGGUGUGAAAGAUGAUGCUAGUGAAACAAAACUUCGUACAGAUGCUAUACAACGUUUUAGUGAGCUUACCGUGCAGAAUAGAGAUAUAGUGGAAGGAUCUUGGUUGGAUAACAUUGUCUGGGAACCAGGUCAGCCUGUUGCCAAACCAAAGCUAAUUUAUGAUCUCCAGGACCAGCAGAUGCUUUUUGAAAUUUCAGAUAUGGAAGAUGCUAAAUAUAUACAGCUUCAUGCGGGGGCUAUGAUUGUAGCCCGCUCUCUAGAUCCGAGUGGUGCGGAUUCAGUCGAGCUGCACAAUCAUGGGAUGGUAUCAGCUGGACGAUUCAAUAUCUCUAAUGACAAGUUCUAUUCAAACAGAAAAUCCUCUCAGCAACUGAGGCCUCAUUCUAAAAAGCGUACUGGUCAUGGGCUAAAAGUUUUGCAUUCAGUACCCGCACUUAAGCUGCAGACUAUGAAAGCUAAGUUAAGCAACAAAGAUGUUGCUAACUUUCACCGGCCAAAAGCUUUAUGGUAUCCACAUGAUAUUGAGGUUCCAUUUAAGGAGCAUGGGAAACUAGCUUUGCAUGGCCCAAUAAAAAUCAUUAUGAAGAGUUUAGGUGGAAAAGGAAGUAAACUUCACGUGGAUGCCGAAGAAACCAUAGCUUCUGUGAAGGCAAAAGCCUCAAAAAAAUUAGAUUUCAGACUAUCAGAGCCAGUUAAGAUCUUUUAUUCUGGAAGGGAGCUUGAGGACAACAAGUCUGUUGCUGAACAAAAUGUUCAGGCAAACUCGGUGUUGCACCUUAUUCGCACCAAAAUACAUCUUUUACCCCGAGCUCAAAAGCUUCCUAGUGGGAACAAGUCUCUUCGUCCUCCAGGGGCUUUUAAGAAGAAAUCUGAUCUCUCAGUAAAAGAUGGACAUGUUUUCUUAAUGGAGUAUUGUGAAGAAAGACCAUUACUUCUGGGCAAUCCUGGAAUGGGUGCUAGACUCUGUACUUAUUAUCAAAAAAUGGCGCCUGGUGAUCAAACAGGGAACUUGCUGCGAAAUGGAAACAGUGGUUUGGGGAGUGUUGUCGUUCUCGAUCCUGCUGAUAAAUCCCCUUUUCUUGGAGACAUAAAACCUGGUUCCAACCAAUCAUGCCUUGAAACUAACAUGUAUAGAGCACCCAUAUUUCAGCAAAAAGUCGCGUCAACCGAUUAUUUACUUGUGAGGUCAUCAAAAGGCAAGCUAUCCAUCAGACGCAUUGAUAGAAUUGAUGUUGUUGGACAGCAGGAGCCACACAUAGAGGUAAUGACUCCUGGAUCCAAGGGUGUUCAGUUAUAUAUCAUGAACAGGCUAUUGGUAUACAUGUAUAGAGAGUUCCGUGCAGCUGAAAAACGCGGUGUACGUCCUUCUAUACGUACGGAUGAGUUAUUUUCUUUGUUUCCAAGCUUGUCUGAAGCAUUUCUUCGGAAGAGGUUGAAAAAUUGUGCUGAAUUGCAGAGAGGACCCAAUGGACAUUUUCUUUGGGUUAUGAGGCGCAAUUUUCGCAUUCCUUCAGAGGAAGAACUAAGAAGGAUGGUGACACCUGAAAAUGUAUGUGCCUAUGAGAGCAUGCUAGCUGGUAUGUACAGGCUUAAACGAUUGGGAAUUACAAGGCUGACUAAUCCGUCAGGCCUUGCACCUGCAAUGAAUCAGCUUCCCGAUGAAGCUAUCGCUUUAGCUGCCGCCUCACAUAUUGAGAGAGAGCUUCAGAUAACACCAUGGAACUUGAGUAGUAAUUUUGUUUCCUGUACAAAUCAGAAUAGAGAAAAUAUCGAACGUCUUGAAAUUACUGGCGUGGGUGACCCUACGGGAAGGGGCCUCGGUUUCAGUUAUGUCCGUGCAACUCCCAAGGCUCCAAUCUCAAAUUCUGUGGUUAAAAAGAAAGCAGUUGUUGGUAAAGGAACAACUGUGACUGGAACUGAUGCUGAUCUACGUAGAUUGAGCAUGGAAGCUGCAAAAGAGCUUCUCCUCAAGUUUAAUGUUUCAGAGGAGCAGAUUGAAAAACUGACCCGAUGGCACCGGAUUGCUUUAAUCCGCAAGCUGUCAAGCGAGCAAGCCGCAUCAGGUGUGAAGGUUGAUCCAACAACGGUUAGCAAGUUUGCUCGCGGACAAAGGAUGUCCUUCUUGCAACUGCAGCAGCAGACGAGAGAAAAAUGUCAGGAAAUAUGGGAUCGGCAAGUGCAGAGCCUCUGUGCUGGUGACGGGGAAGAGAAUGAGAGCGAGUCUGAGGCUAAUAGCGACUUGGAUUCGUUUGCCGGUGAUUUGGAGAAUCUUCUAGAUGCGGAAGAAUGUGAGGAGGGUGAAGAAGACAAUUAUGAGUCUAAGCGUGAUGGCGUGGAUGGUGUCAGGGGGCUUAAAAUGAGAAGGCGCCCGUUUCAAACUCGAGCAGAAGAAGAAAUUGAAGACGAGGCGGCCGAAGCAGCGGAGUUGUGCAGGAUGCUUAUGGAUGAUGACGAAGCUGAGAAAAAAAAGAAGAAGAAAUCAAAAGCAGUACAGCAAGUAGACCAUGUCUUCAAGCCAAAGUUUGGUCCUGAAAAUACUGAUAUAAUGAAGAAAAGCAAUGCUGUAGUGAAGCGAACCAUGCAACCUGAGGAGGGACCCCUUGUUGUAUUCACAGAGCAAGUUACUAAUGAUCAAAAGGAGGUGCAGGGAGAAAGCUUUUUUGCUAGAAAGCCCCUUCUGGGUAAAUUCAAAGCCAAGAAGAAGACCGAGAUUGAUCAGAUGGGGUUGCUAAACAAAAAGGUUAAAAUAGUGGCAGAUGGGAUGAAUGUGAUCAAGGAAAAGAAGUCGGCAAGAGACACUUUCGUCUGUGGAGCUUGUGGUCAGCUUGGCCACAUGAGGACCAACAAGAACUGCCCCAGGUACGGGGAAGACCCCGAGGCACGAGCUGAAAGCACAGAUCUUGACAGGUUAUUAUCAGGCAGACCUAAUUUCUUGGAUCAAGCCGAUCAAGGCCAGCCGAGACACCUUGCGAAGAAAAUUAUGCCCAAGAUCACAAACAUCGAGCCACCUGAAGACGAAAUCAGACCUACUUCCAAGGCGAAAUUUCUCAAGGUGAAAUGUGGUGCGGCCGACAAGCUUCCGGACAAACACACCCCCACAACUUCUCAGACCUCCGAGCGGCCAAUCACGCCAGACCCCGAAAAGUCUGCCAUGAAAGUUAACAAAAUAAUCUUUUCCAACAAGACAAAACUUGAGGACCCGCCCCCAGGAGAAAACCCUAAGCCCGCUGUCAUAAUAAGGCCACCGGCGGAGGCCGAGCGGGACCCGCCCCGGAAAAAGAUUAUUAUCAAGCAGCCGAAGGAGAUCAUCAAUCUGGAUGAUAACAGCCAGGAUGGGAGCUUUGGGUUUGAGUACAAGAAGACGAAGAAAAUGAUCGAGCUUUCGGGUUUGGACAGGCGGCUCGAGAAUGAAGGCAAGCAGUAUUUUGAGGAGUCAUCUAGAGUGAGAGAGAACCACCAGUGGGCGGAGGGGAGGAGAAAUUUUGAGGUACGGGUGGAAGAUAGAAACAGGAGGGUGGAGAAAAUGAGGUUGAUUGAUGAGCAACCGGCUUAUGAUCUGUUGAGAUACGAGGAGUCGAUAAGAAGGGAGAGAGAAGAGGAGCAAAGGGCAAAGGCAAAGAAGAAAAAGAAGAGGAAGCCCGAAAUAAAGGAUGACUACUUGGACGAUUUUCCUAUCAGGAGAAAUGACAGAAGGAUGCAUGAAAGAGAGAGGGUAAUUCGGAGGAGGACAGAGGUCGAGUAUGCAAAACAUGCUCCUGACUAUGGCCUGGCUUCAAAGAGGCGUAGAGGAGGAGAGGUCGGCUUGUCAAACCUCCUAGAAAGCAUUGUAGAGACACUUAGGGAAAGGACCGAGAUAUCCUACCUUUUCCUAAAACCAGUAACCAGAAAGGAAGCCCCCGAUUAUCUGGACAUCAUCAGCCGUCCUAUGGAUUUGUCGACCAUACGGGACAAGGUGAGGAGGAUGGAGUACAAGAACCGUGAUGACUUUAGGCAUGACGUGUGUCAAAUAGUGUUCAACGCGCAUAAAUACAAUGACAGGAAAAAUCCGGGUAUUCCGCCUCUUGCCGACCAGCUUUUGGAGCUUUGUGACUUCUUGUUAGAACAAUACGAUGAUGCCUUGGCAGAAGCUGAAGCUGGGAUCGAAUAA